AUGAACUCAAGUCCAUGGGACCACCCUGCUUCUGCUGCGCUUGCGCCUCCGUUAUACCGCGCAGAAGACCCAAUUCCUACCCAAACUCUACCAAUCAAUACUUCUCCAGUUCUUCUCAUGAGCUCCUCUCUUCCUCUCUCUAGGAAAAAACGCGCAAAACCGUCUCAAACUCUCGCCAGUUUCUGGGCUCCGCCUCCGCCUCUUCCUCCACCUACUUCUUCUCUUGAUACUACUGCCCAACUUUCAACAACUCUCCCAGAAAUUCCUACAGAUUCCACAGACUUACCGCUCAAUGAAAUUGAUCCUUUGCUUGUUCAAGUCUCGUCAUCGCCACAAAAAUUGCCCGGUGACGCGUCUUCCGACCAGCAGCAAUCACCUAGCUCGCCUAACUCACCCAGUCUGAAACCGUCAGAUGCACCGGUACGUUUAUACAAGCGCAAGAAAAUUGAAAAAAUCGCAAGACCAUCUUCAAUCAUGCAUCAGUUUCUUGGAGUUGAACAGGAAAAAUUGAUUGUGUCUUUCAAGUACAAAACCCCCCAAAACCCUCCUGUUGUCCUCCAACCUGAGCCUGAGCCUGAGCCUGAGCCUGAACCAGAACCAGAACCAGAAUCGGAGUCUCUUGUGGUAUCAUUCAAAUACACAAACCAAACCCUCUCUCCUACUAAAAAGACUUCAAAUGCUAGAAUGCUUUCAUAUUUUGGACUUGGUGGUAAACCAAAAGUCCAGCCGGCGCCUGUAAAGGCCCCAGAACCUCAACCUGCUAUUCCGGUAGCUUCAGCCAUCCCCCCAACUGUUGAUCCAGUUCCUCCCAUCAUUGCAUCUACCACUCAACUAACUCCACUCACGAAACCUAAAAAGACAGGUCCAAUUCAUCCGUUUUUUCAAAAACGAAAGUCUAAAAAACCUGUCGUUGCGCCUCCGCAAGAACUCCCCAAGCCAGAUAAACCAGUCUCGGAACCCACUCCUGAAAUUAAACCCCCUUCUAAACCAUUUGCAUUUGUGUCAUCUUCUUUCACUCAUAAACCAUCCUUAUACCAGUCCAUGCCUUGCCCAUGGCCUGAAGAAUACCACAUGCAUGUCCGCGGACCAGUGACUAUUGAUCAAUCGACCCCUAUAAAGCCUCUAGUGAUAUCUAGCGUGGUUCAAACUAAACUCAAGGGAGUCAAUUUGGCCAUUUUCUCCGAGUCUUCCAUUCUCAACACAUUAUACGGGUCCGUGGUGGAAAAGGCGACCCGGGAUUUUAACUUGGCUCAAGAAAAAAAAAGGCAACCUCCACCUACAAAGGCUUCAUUCCCAGUACCCAACAUUCGCAUACCUACCCAAAUCAAAAUCCCUCCACAACAAGUCAAAGCCCUUAUUAAUGAAACUAUUGUAGAUCCAGAGUCCCGCCAGGUGCUUGCGGAACUGCUUGAACGAGCACCAAUUACCCUCUCUUCUUUUGAAGCACAUGCCUACGAAACUCAAGCAUGGACUGAAAAGUAUGCUCCUAAAAGAGCAUCUGCUGUAGUUACUGGUGGCCAAAAUACGGAGUUUAUAAGAGACUGGAUCAUUCACCGAACCAAGUUUCUGAGCGCAGCAAAAACGUCACAUCUACAGCAGCUGGCCCAGCAAAAGAAAAAACGAAAGGCACGGGCUCGUGCAGAUGACCUUGACGGGUUCAUUGUAGAUGAGGAUGAAGAAAGCUUACCCGAGGACGAGAGUGUGAUUGAUGUUUCGGAACAACAACCCGAAAUUCUUGUUCUGUAUGGUCCACCUGGAUCUGGCAAAACAAGCACGGUGUACGCAGCAUGUAAAGAACUUAACGUGUUUGUCAUGGAAACAAACCCAGGUGAACGGCGCACUGGACGGAUGGUAUCUGAUCGAUUUGACGGCAUGUCGACGUCACAUCUAGUCCACAAUACCAAAAAGAUGAAGGGAGGACUGACUGGGUUUUUUGGGAAAAAGCCAGUUAAAGAGAAAAGGGAGUCUCCUACAAAGACAAGCUCAGGAACAGGAAGACAAAACGGACUAAUAUUGUUAGACGAUGCAGAUGUCAUGUUUGAAGACGAGUCGUCGUUUUGGCCCGUUAUGGAGAAGUUUAUUGAAACUUCCAAACGGCCAGUUAUCGUGACAUGCACAGAUCCUUCAAAACUACCCCCAGACCUGGUGGCACGGUACCCUGGAUCGCUCAUUGAAUUUGUUCCGGCUCGUAAACAAGUUCUUAUUGAUACAGUAUGGACCGUGGCUUUAUGCGAAGGCCAUCUGCUGGACCUAGCCGAGGUUGUGCGACUUGUAGAGCAUUGCAACAAUGACUUGCGCAUGUGUAUCAACCACCUUCAGUUUUGGUGCCAAAUGGCAUUGGGUGACCGGUUCAGCGCAAUUAACUGGAUCUAUAAAACGGCAGAAGAGCCGCGCAAUGACCCAGAAAAUAACCUGGUUUACAAUAGAUACCUAUCCAAGGGAACGCAUCUGGGUGUCGACAAGAAAGAUAACUUAUUCUCACAAAAUGCAGGCGGUGGGCUUGACGACUGGUCAGCCGUCGCCGACGCUUUGUCGUGUGCAGAUUUUCUUGAUACUAACGCUCAUUCUGUGUUUACAGCUGAGCGAGAUGCUGGUAUGCUCCACGCAGCUGCAAACGAUUUGGCGCUUGACAUGCCGGCAGAUCAUAUUUUGGGAGACCACUAUGCGGUUCAUGGAGAUUGCAUUCCCAGUGACACAAUGUCGGAGCCGCUUGAUUUCGAGCGGCGCGCGGCACAGGACGUGCUGGAGUGCACACGUGCAUACGGGGCCUGUGCUGGCGUCAUUGUGAUGGACCAUUACGUUCAAUACCACCCCUACCAUAACUACCUGCGUCAUACACUUGCGUCGCUCGCAGAGCCGCCGUCCGUGUCAAUGCUAGUAGCAUAUAAUGCGAUUGAUUGCACGCCGCCGGAUGUGUUGGCUACAGAAAUUGCGCCGUAUGCACGGGCUCUUGCGCGCACUGAUGUUGCACGUGCACAGGUCUUGGACCGUGCAAGAAAUGGAGUACCAAUCGAGCCGAUGGUACCUCCACCGUUGCCCCUCGAAACUGAAGAAGAAAAGGAAGAAGAAGAAGAAGAAGACGAUGAAGAUGAAGAGUGGCAGCCAGGACAUCGCAGGCGACAAGCUCCUCGAGCAACACUGCGCUCGGCGUACGUUGGCUUGGGGUGCUCUGUUGUUGAUGCCAUGGCACUAACUCGACGGUAUCUUCCUGAACACGUUGAUCUUUUCUCUAUUCUUGCAACUGCACCAUCAUGUAUACGAAACCAAUCUAGUAAUUAG